AUGGAAGUGAAGCCGCACACGCUGGUGUCCGCGCCGGGCCUCCUCGACGCGCUCACCGCCGCGCUCCGCACCGACGCCGCGCACCACGCCGCCGCCACCGUCCACAGCCUCCUCUGCGCCGAGGCCCACCGCGCCACCGUCGGGGCCCGGCGGCCGCUCCUCGCCGCGCUCGUCGCGCUCCUCCGCGCGUCGCCCAGCACCCGCGCCACCAAGGACGCGCUCAAGGCGCUCUUCGGCGUCGCGCUCUACCCGCCCAACCGCGCCACGCUCGUCUCGCUCGGCGUCGUGCAGGCGCUCUUCGCGCUCGUCAUGACGGACGGACGCAACGGGAUCGUCGAGGACGCCACCGCCGUCGUCGCGCAGGUGGCCGGCUGCGCCGAGAGCCUCGAGGCCUUCAGGUGGGUGUCCGGGGUGCGGAUCCUCCUCGACCUCGUCGAGCAGGGGGGCGCCGCCACGGCGAGGGCCAGGGAGAACGCGGCAGCCGCGCUGCUCAACCUCGUCGUGGCCGGCGGCGAUCCGGCGGUAGAAGAGGUGGUCGCUGUCGGUGGCGCCGAGGAGACCGUGCGGGAGCUGGCCGAGGACACCACGGCCAGCCCGAGAGGGAAGGCGAAGGCGGAGGCGCUGCUACGGGCGCUGGAGGGCGCCGGCGCCGCCGCGAGGAGGCGCGAGCACCGGCUCGCCGAUUUCCUCAACGGGCUGGUGCAGUCGGACCCGUACAUCUCGUCGCCGGCGUCGGCGUCGACGCACGGCUAG